AUGCUUCUUCGCGAAGAAGCAUUAAGUAAUCCUACAGGUGGACUUAAUUGGAAAUUUCCAUUCUAUGCAGCCUUAUUUGCAACUUUGGAUCUUUCAGCCACAGUACUAUCAGGAAUUGCACUACUUUACGUCGAUGCAAGUAUCGUUUCGAUUCUUAAAGGUUUCAUCAUCGUAUUUACAAAACUUUUGACCUGGAUGUUCCUCGGCCAGCGUCCAAUUUCAUACGAGAACCUAUGA